CCAGCCCCCUUUCCUCUGCUUCCCUUCUGAAGUUCUGAUUCCCUGCGCGGCGCCGACCCUCUUCUUGGAGGAGGGGGUAAGAAAGCGAACCCGCCGGGGCACUGCCGCUAGUGCACUACACUAGCUGCGGCGCGGCCGGUGGGCGGUGCUAGCUCCAUCGCCGAGUGUAAGGGGACCAGAUUGCGAGAGAUGGCCGCGCCGGAGCCAUCCGCAGCGGGUGCCGGCGCCGGGGGCGAGUCGGCGAGCCAGGCGGCGGCGGUGGAGCCGAUCCGGAUGCCGACGGUGGAGGAGAUCAAGGGGCAGGACAUCUGGAACAACUGCGCGGUCCGCAGCGCCGUCAGUGGCGUCAUGGGAGGUGGUCUUGGUGUACUUAUGGGACUAUUCUUUGGAGCUCUGGACAAUCCAAUAAUGGCAGAGGAGAUGACAGCAAGGCAACAAAUAGUAUACACAGCAAAACAGAUGGGUAGGAGAAGUAUAAGCAAUGCUAAAACCUUUGCGGUGAUGGGUCUGAUUUUCUCAGCAGCUGAAUGUGUCGUAGAGAAGGCUCGGGCAAAGCAUGACACUACCAAUACUGCGGUUGCUGGCUGUGUCACAGGAGGAGCUUUAGCAGUAAAAGGUGGCCCUAAAGCUACAUGCAUUGGAUGUGCGGGUUUUGCUGCCUUCUCAGUGGCGAUUGAGAAGUUCUUUGAUCGGCAUACUUGAAAUGGGUGAUGCCAAUUUGAAAUGAAGCUUUUUUUGUAGCAGAGUAUGAGCAGCAGUAGCAGAAGAACCUGGUUAUUUGCAACAUCCAGUCAUUGACAUCUCUUGAGAGAUUUUGUACCCUAAAGUUUUUACCAUUUUCAAUUUAUUUCCUGGCUUCGUAGAUAUAACUGGACCACUGGUGCACCUUCAAGGUCCACCUGAAUCAAUAUUGAUGACAUCGACUGUGUUCUCAAAUGUGUUAUGUUCCUAUCGACAGCAACAGGCUUCUAUAUUAUUGUUCAA